AUGGAUAAAGACCUGAAGCCUGUUACCACCGUACCCACGAACUCCACUGUCGGGAUGGGUGAGUUGGUUGAAGAUACAGCUAGCGGUCGCAAGCCCACCGAUACCUUGGAUGAUGAUGAGAAGCACUCGGUGGAACUGGGGUCUCCACCUCUUGGUCUUGUAUACACCUCCAAAGAAGAUGCGAGAGUCCGAUGGAAGCUCGACCUGAUCCUGCUACCCAUGAUGGCGUUCACAUAUGUCCUCAACUAUAUGGACAAAGUCGCUUUGUCCGAGGCUUCCAUCUUUGGUAUCAAGGAAGACCUGAACCUCGUGGGUCAACAGUACAGCUGGUCAUCCUCGAUCUUCUAUCUGGGCUAUCUAGUCUGGCAAUACCCCAGCUCUCUCUUGAUGCAGAAACUUCCCAUCGGACGAUACUUUGGCGCCAUGAUCUUCCUCUGGGGUCUCACAGCCUGCACAACGGCAUUCACAAAAGACUUUGCAACACUCUGCGUCAACCGCGUCUUCCUCGGUGUUUUUGAAUCCUGCAUGUCACCCAUCCUCACGAUCCUCAUCUCCCAAUACUGGACCCGAGAGGAACAGCCUCUUCGCACGUCUUUAUGGUGGUCGGCCAGCGCUGUUGGUUCCUUCAUGGCUGAUGCGAUAACAUAUGGACUAUCGGGUAAAGAUCAUUCGGGCUCCAAGUAUACCGUCUGGCAAGUCGUCUACCUCGUCUUCGGGCCGAUGACGAUGUUUUGGGGCAUUGUGGUCUUUUUUGGUGUUCCGGCGUCGCCUCUGAGCGCAUGGUUCUUCAGCAAAAGGGAGCGGGAUAUCGCUACUGAUAGGGUUUUGAAGAAUCACACAGGUAUCAAGAACACUGAGUAUAAAUGGAACCAGGUCUGGGAAUGCCUGAUGGAUCCCCAGCCGUGGUUAUUAGCGAUACACGCAUUUCUCCAAUGCCUGCAGGGAGGCGGCCUGACAUCGUUCUCCAAGAUCGUAUUGACCCAGACCCUUGGCUACUCUAGCCGCCAGGCUACUCUGAUGGGCAUGCCGUCCAACACCAUCCACCUCGUUUCAGUGGUCUUUGCUGGCUGGUUCUGCACUCGCUUCAAGAAUACUAGGUGCUACGUCAUGAUCGCAACGAACAUCAUUGUCUUGAUAGGAGCCGUGUUGGUAGACAACCUGCCGCAAUCUAACCACCAAGGUAGACUUGCGUCAUUCUAUAUUAUCUAUGUCAACACAGUCCCUUUCGGGCUCGGUAUGAGUAUUCUCUCCUCCAACAUCGCAGGAUUCACCAAGAAAUCCACCGCCAGUGUCAUGAUGUUCCUGGGCUACUGUCUCGGCCAAUUCACAGGUCCCCAAUUCUUCAUCACGCAUGAGGCCCCGCAGUACCAGACUGCUUUCAGAGGCUUCUAUUCCUCGGUAUCUGCCAUGAUCGUGUUAGAAAUCGUUCUUCUCGUCUACAUCAAGUAUCAGAACCAUCGUCGAGGUCGUCGUGAGGUCCAGGAAAUCUGCAACGCAAACGUUGAUAGGGAUGAUUUAGAUCUUACGGAUUGGCAGCAAGGAUCGUUUAGAGAUGAGACAGAGCAGGUCAGAUCCCAAACCAGGCGUCGUGGGAAACGAAAGAACACGUCCGAGGAGCCGAACCAUGCAGAGAUAAGCCCGCAGACCCAAACGACUUUUUCAACAGUCGAGGCGGAUGUAACUGAUUCGUUUGAACCAUCGUCACUCGCAAUGCUCGAUGCGACGGCAAUGCCUUGGAUGGAUGGGAUAUUUGACUCGUAUCCAGAUCAACAAUGGGAUUUGAGCCCAGACGCUGCAGCCUUCUCAAACGCGACUGGUCAGAACUGGAUGCCAUAUACGGAAUCACCUGGUCAAACUUCAGCCGGCUUCACCGCCAGCAGCCAGGCCUCGAGUUCCCCUCAAACAGUCUCCGAUCGGGUUCUGGCGCAGCACUACACGCAGAAUCUAGCGUCCAAGUACAGUUCUAAAGGCCAAACCUGGAACAAUCACACUUAUUUCUUCAAUCGGUUCAACUCGAGCCAUUCGUUUGUCAUUUCGGCUCUUUACGCGUGGACAGCUGCUCACCUCCACUGCAACGGAACAUUGAGCUCUGAGGCUAGUGCUCUAGAGCACUACAAUAAGAGUCUUGUAGCUCUCAGGGAUCGAUUGGGCAUUCAUCUUGAAUUUGAGGGCUUGGAUGAAGACCUUGGCCAAGCUUGGCCUCAGCUUAUCACCCGAGAUGAUGACCUGGAUGCCGUCUCAGUGACGCUAUACUUUCUCGCCUGGACAGAUCUUCUCCUCUCAAGAAGAGCCUCUCUAAGGCGUAUGGUGAGUCUCGAGGCUUGCCUACUCGAGAACCGGGGCCACGGUGAUCAAUCACAAUCGGUCUACGGCAGAAUGGCAGUGUGGUUCUGCUUCCUUGAUGCUCGCGCUUCACUUUUUUCCCAAGGUGACGAUCGUAUUAUCCAGUGUCUGGGCAACGACUUGGGAUUAAUGUUUGCUGUGGACAAAUCAUACAACUUUCUACAACAGGAAUACACUCUGCUAUACCCGAAUGAGGAACGUCGAUGGGACGAGGCUCAUAGGCCUUUGUAUGGCCUCGCCACGAUUACCGAGGAGAAAGCCGCAGAAAACAAGGUACUCUCCAUCUUCCUAACCGCAAACGCGCUCUUCCACGCAGUACACAUUUACGCGUCAAGAAUAUACCGGUCAGGGGACGCAAUCUAUGCAGAGACUAGGCAUGCCGAAGAGAUAAUUGGCAUCACUCGCCGCUUCUACUGUAAACUGAAACGGCCGAGAACAGAAGCGCCGCCGACCAAGAUAUGGCCCAUCCCACUCAUCAUGGCAGCAAUCGAGGCAAAGGACCCUAUCUACAGAGAUUGGGCGCUGCAACUUAUCAAGGACUGUGGCCAGGCUGGGAAGCAUUAUGCAAAUGCAUGUGUGUUUGUCGAAAAGGUGCAUGUCGCCGAGGAGGGGACGGGCUGUCGCGCCAAUCUUUCCCGGAUCGCUCAAGACAUGGGCGACGAUUUUGUGAUUUAA